AUGGGCGUUUGCGCCCUUGCGUUGCUCUAUCUGGCGUUGGGUUUGGCAUUCUCGCUACUGGCAUGGUUCGGGUCGGUUCGAAAGUCGUGUUUUGGACCAAAAAAAGCCACGCGGGAUGGCAUGCUUGGCGCAGGACAGGUCCCAAGGGGUCAUGUCGCCGGUUGCUCGAUCGAGAAAGACACGCGGGCCCCUGGCUUCUCAACGCCUUUCACGUCAGGAACACCGAACAACCGUUCAUGCGGCACUGCAGAUCGCGUUCGAUGCCAAGGAUCCCGCAUGCUUCGCACAGGCCGACGCAAUGUGAUUGAGCGCGUUGACACAGUCGCUGCAGGCCGAAUGUACCUUGCAGAUUAA